AUGGAUCAAUUACGCGAAUACAUUGGCGUGGGAGAUUGCGACAAGGUUACAAUAAUGGAAAACGCUGUGUUGGUGCACUGGCAAUCACCUGUACCGGACACGGAUCCGAACCUCAUUGUGGGCGAAUACAUUCUACGGCUUUCCUCUCUUGGGCGUUUUCCGCCAUUUUUCCUUGUUUCGUCUGCAGCAACAGACUUUGCAACGUCACAACAUGCCAGUGAAUCGGCGGCUGGCAGUGAGGGCACAAAUGACAACGUGGCUUCUCAUGCAUCAACGAUGCUUCUUGGAGGUUCUGAUGAAUUGAAAGAACAGGCAAAGCAGAAACGCUUAAAGGAACGAUUUCCUGUGCUGGUCGCCAAUGAGUUGGCCAGGAUCUACGCAGAAUUUCGGCAAAGCCGUAGUGCGACGGCACCUGACGGGGUGGAUGCACCAGGUUGCAAAGGUCCUUACCUACGCCCGGUCAACAUCAAAGUGCACAAGAACGCGCCUUCACAGUCAGUGUACGAGGUGGAGCAACUCGACGAUGAAAUGUUGGAUUUUCACUUGAUGGAUGACGACAUGGACAAUGACGACAUGGAAGAUGAAGUCAGAAUCAGUUACCUGGUCCCAUUCAUCUGCCGCACAAAUUGCCGCGAUGCAUGCUGCAAAUAUGAUGACGAUGAGAUUGAUGAGAUUGAGAGGCUGGUUGAUGCUCCGCCGCCAUCCCUUCUAUGGUGGAAGGACGAAGAGAAUCACCCAACUACUUGCCCUUUUUGCCGCAAGGUCUUGUUUCUCAAGGGAGGCGAUACCCGCGUCACACGUAUACCAGAUUCACAAACUGCCAAUGAUGGUACUGAUGAUAGCGACCAUGCGUCUGCUGAUCGCGAAGAUGGCCAUUCCAUCCAAAGCCAUGAUGACCGUAGUUCACACUCUCGCAAUGAGUAUCUGAAUUCCAGUGACGAACACCGAAAUUCCGAUUCUAGUGGAGAGUCAGAUCCCUCGCUUUGA